CAAUAUUUCUACAGAACUUUAUAUUGCUUAGCAAUGAGUCGUAUUUUACAUUUGACUCGCUCCUCUGAAAAGGUGUACGAGUGUUCAAAAUGCGGCCUAAUGUUCAAACGCAUGUCAAGCUUAAAAAGUCACGAAAAGUUGGUUCACGGUGAUGGCGAUUUCGCUGUGGACGCUUACUGUAAUGUCGAACCCGAGUUAAAAUUAAAUAUUGAGAAAGAAAAUAAGAAAACUGUAAAAAAUAAAAGAAAUAAAGAAAAUAUAAAAACUAAAAAAAAUGAGAGAAUUGUAGAAAGUAAAAUAACUGUAAAAAGGGACAAAAAUCUGUUUCGAAAACCGUCAAAACGAGAAGCUGUUUCUGGUAAAUCCUUAUUUGAAUGCGAAUACUGUGAUAAAGCUUAUACUAGAAAAGAUCAUAAAACAAGACACCAAAAAAAAGUUCACGGUAUUAUGCCUACACCACAGGUGAAAACAAAAAUGAUCCGAAAAUGCAAUUAUUGCGAACGAACGUUUACAAAGUUGGAUCAAUUUCGAAUUCAUGAACGAACGCACACAGGUGAGAGACCAUAUGUGUGCCAGCAUUGUUCCGUUGCAUUCAUGUCAAGGAAUAAUCUUACAAGACAUGAGAGAAGACACGGAGAGAAGGAAUUUGAAUGUGAUUUAUGCGGGAAGAAGUAUUUCGAGAAAUCAAGUUUGAUAACUCAUAUGAAAACACAUAGCAAGGGCAAACUGGAUCUCAAACAUCCGUGUACAAUAUGUGAUAAAAGGUUUAACUGCAACAGUAGGCUUGUAAUUCAUAUGCGAACUCACACAGGCGAGAAGCCUUUUGUUUGUAAUGUUUGCGAUCUUGCAUUUAUUGCAAAGUAUCGUCUGCAACGACAUUUGCAGCUGCAUACAGAUAACUUGUACGAGUGCUCAGUGUGCAAUAAAACGUUUAAUAUGUUCCGGUAUCUACAACGACACAUGGCAGUUCAUUUAAAAGAUAAACCGUUCGAAUGUCAUGUUUGUGGUAAAAGAUAUAAAUCAUUAAAGUCUAAACAAGAACAUGUUAAACUGCAACACUUAUUAAAAAUAUUGUGCACCAGUUGUGAUAAAAGUUAUUACAAAAAAUUCUUGUAUCUCAACUAUGAAACUGGACAAGGUUACACAUGCGUGUACUGCAUUAGAAAAGCCGCACACAAAGAUACCAAAGACCCAAAACCAAGAUACGAAUUCUUCUGUGAGUACGAAGGCUGCCCUAAAAGCUUUAAAUAUUUCCAAAGUUUAAAGCAGCAUCUUCUAAUCCACACCGGGAAGAACUUGUUUGAGUGCCAGCGUUGCGACAAGAAGUUUGCUAAAAAAUAUCACCUCAAGGAGCACGAGUGGACCCACUCAGGGUACCGACCUUACAAAUGUGAUCAAUGUCCCAAGACAUAUUCACGCAACAGUCACCUAAACCACCACAAACUCUCCCAUGCUGGUGUUAAACCUCAUCAAUGCAAUGAAUGUGGGAGAAAAUUUUUACGCAAACAAACAUUAAACAGCCAUAAACGAACACAUAUUGUUAUUGAGUAAUCAUGUGCCGUUCUUUUCUACUUUACGUAUCCCUUUCAUUUUAACUUAUACAAUCAGGAAAAAAAGUGAAAUCUGUUUUCACAGCAAUGUGAUGUUUUGUUAUUUUGUUUAAAAAACUUUAAAAUAAUUUGUUCUGUAAAAUAGGCCAACUGUUGCCUACAUAUCAUGUCCGCUGCCAUGUCUCACUAUUACAGAACCUUCGUUAUAGUUAAACUGUACAUAAUGUUUGCAUUGAAUUUUUUCGGUGUUAAAUCUUGUGUUUACUUUGUUUAUAGAAAUAAGAUAAAACAAAAUGAUCCGAGGGGAUAAAUUUGAAACGAAACAAUUUUCCACGGAGGCUGAUACUGAAUAUGGAGUUACAAGCUCAUUAAGAUCCGGGUUAGGAAACGUACGAAGUAACUUUGUGUCAUCCCAUCCGCUGGAGAAAUCUGAAAGAGAAUACGAUGACAAGAUGAAACAAAUGAAUUUUAACAUGCUUCGUAAUUCACAGGGCAUCCACGCUCCACUUCGCAAACAAAUGGAACUUACCGCGAUAAACAAAGCAACAACCCGUCUACCUUUCCUACCAACUUCAAAUCUUUCACAAGAUAUUCUCAACGGAAACGACGCUUGCAUUUCAAUCCAAGAUAAUUUCUCUCAUGAAGACAGCGAGAUCAUGGGCGACCCUCAUCUAAUGAUGGAACAUAAGCUUGGGUUGAAACCUUUAUAGAAAGUUACCAUGUGAUGAUGUAGCUGGAAGUUCAUGCUUUGUAUUGAAAACUUGUGAAAUAAAGUUCCUGUCGAACUACAUAUGACACUUGCUGCAUGUUAUAUCUGUUAGAAAUAAAUUGACAAACCAACCG